UUUUACUUCCUCAUUGAGAAGGUAGACUACGAGCCCUGACUCACCCAAGCCUAUAUCCUACAGGAUUGCUUAGUUGUUCACUUAUAACGUGGUCAGUCAAUCGGGAACAAACAAUCUAUAGACAUCAAUUGAUUUCAUACGACUGAAUUUCAAGGGAAUACAAAGGGUUUUUUUGGGAUAUAUUUUCGGUUUCUAAGAAGCUACGGGAAACUUUGCCAGUUAUUUUCCUGACUGAACUAAGGUGCAGCACAAUGUGUGAUCUUAGCAUGGACCAAGUGGCCCCUUUCUCUACCGGCUGUCGCUCUGUUCUGAAGCGUCAGGCAGCCUUUGAUGUGAUUGAAGACGCCAUGUCUCUCUUCUCGGGGUACUGCUUCUCUUCAGAGGAAGAGCAGUCGGUGCAGGAGGUGCCCACAGGACUAGACUCCAUUUCUCAUGAUCUGGGUCCCUGCACGGUGCCCCUGCUGACCCCCUGCAGCAAAGCAGUGAUGAGCCAGGCCCUUAACGACAGCUUCAGUGGGUUUGCCAAAGUGCAACAUCGCUGUGGGAUCUCCAACAACCCCCGCACAUGGAGCAAGCAACAUGUGAUACAGUGGCUGCUCUGGGUAGCUAAUGAGUUCAGCCUGUCGAACAUCAACUUCUUCAAGUUCAACAUGAAUGGACAGGAGCUCUGUGACCUGGGCAAGGAGCGCUUCCUGGACCUGGCACCGGACUUUGUGGGUGACAUCCUCUGGGAGCACCUGGAUCAGAUGAUGAAAGAUUCCCAGGCGAAAGAAGAGUCCCAGAACCUCAGUAGCACUGUGCCUUCAGUGACCAACUGGUUGACUAACAACUCAGUCGGCUUCAGCAUGGAGGAGACCAGCAGCUCUCUUCAAGUGCCCGACUGCAGCAGCAGCAACCUUUUGAGGGAGCUCUUUGAGGCCCCGGACAGGACCACGCUCCUCAACCCAGAGCCGAAGUACUCCAUUUUCUCCAAGCCCCAACUGCACACUGUCAGUGUCAACUACAUGCCCAUCUCCCAGGACUUCUCCAGAAGCAGCCAAGCGACUGGACUUUGCAAACCUUUCUCCUCCAAGGACCAGAGUUCAAUGGAGAGCGUGGACAGCAUUGAUGGCACGGAGUCCAUGCUUCGCUCUUGGGGCAGCCAGUCUUCCCUGGCUGACAUGCAGCGAGUCCCCUCCCAUGACAGCUUCGAGGAUGACUUUGCCUCGGUGCCUCUGAGCCUGGGAAAGCAGGGUCUGUCCUUUAAAGACUACGUGCAGGAGAGGAAUAAACCUGUGGAGACGGGCGAGCCUGUCAUCCCUGCUGCAGUUCUGGCUGGAUUCACGGGCAGUGGCCCAAUCCAGCUGUGGCAGUUCCUGUUGGAGCUUCUAACCGAUAAAACAUGCCAGUCCAUCAUCAGCUGGACCGGGGAUGGUUGGGAGUUCAAACUCACUGACCCUGAUGAGGUUGCCCGACGCUGGGGCUGCAGGAAGAACAAGCCCAAGAUGAACUACGAGAAGCUGAGCCGCGGCCUCCGCUACUACUACGACAAGAACAUCAUCCACAAGACCUCGGGCAAGCGCUACGUCUACCGCUUCGUCUGUGACCUGCAGAACCUGCUGGGGUACUCUGCUGAGGAGCUGCAUGUCAUGCUGGGCGUGCAGCCCGACACCGAGGACUGAGCGAGCCGCUGUUCCGUUUCGGGCAGGUGAAGGAGAAGGGGGCAGUUGCCGUUGGUAGGAGGCCUUCUGAUAUUCACCACCCUAUGGUGAGCGCAUGGCUUGCACAAUGUGCGAUACACUGUGUUGAAAGUCACCGCAUUGGCGGAGACUGCAGACAUGAGCAGGGGGGGUUCGUACCCUCUCCAUUUUUUUUGACUGUGGAGAGGUGACCCUUAGAGCCUGCCGCAGGGAAAAGUGUCUUUUUCCUUAACUGUAUCUCUUAUGGCAAUGGAAGGCUCUUUGCUCAAAGGUGGGGAAAUUCCUACCCACUUGUAUUUCUCUUGAGCUGCCAGUGUGAAACAGCUGCAAAUGAGAAAGAUAUUUGCUCAUGUUAACCUGAAGUAAAUGCUCAACAUUCCUGAAAGGCUAAAACUGGUAAAGAAAGAUUUCCCAAGGGUGACGUGAUUGGAGACUCUAUGCUUAUAAUCCCUGAGUAUUGGGAAUUAUGCUUGUUAUCUGCAGUCUGUAUGACCCCUCCCAUAAGUUACACUUUGUGGAUGCGCCUUUAAUUGUCAAACUUGUUGGUAAUAUGGCAAAUUGUAUGUUCAAUGUUGACCCUAUAGCACAAGGAGUGUGGCCUCUCCAAGAAGUAACCCUUCAAGGAGAGGAAUGUGCUCCUGAUUCUUGCAAAAAUGUUUACAUUGUCUUCUUACAACUUUGUACAAAGUGCUUUCUACUGUAGUGCUAAGCGGCUUGCAAUCCAAAUUCAGGCUGGCAUGUCUAUGCUGAUGUGUCACACACUGUGUCAGAUGCAGUCAAGAUGCUGCACUUCGCUCCUCUGUUAAAGGGAUUUCAUUGAUAUUUAAAAAAUGUUUGUUUUAUUAACGAUGUAAAUCUAUAUUUUUUAUCAUGUUAUGUGAGUGUAUUAUUAUGUGGACAUUCACUGGAAUAAUUUAUUAGCUGAAUGCCCCUUGUACAGCUGUUGCAGAAAAGACAUCUUAUGUAAUUUUAUUGUUGGGGUUUCAGUUGGUCUGUCAGAGUUCUAUUUGUGCCAGAUUUGCUGCUUUUCUUUCUCUCUUUUGUGUGACCAAAGCGACAUGUGGAUGUAAGAAAAUAAAUUAAGCUUUGUGUUUAUAUAUUUUGUUAUAUAUGUUUUUUUACUCUGUUCGACAGUCCUGUGCUCGCCGCAAGUAUGGACUGGCUAUUGGUGUAAUUAAAGUAUGAAUAUUUAAUAAGUAUUGUGAAAAUGGGGCUGAAACCAUUUGUUCUCUCAGGAGGAUGACUUUAUUUAGUAAAUUGUUCAUUAAUGUUAUACAAAUGUUAAUCUGAUUCUUAUAUGCCACUGAUUAGGCAGACACUACUUGUCCUGUCUGCAAUGGAUGUUUGCUGUCUUAAUUGUAAGUAAAGUUGUACUGGCCUCCUCUCAAUGCCUAAUGUGUGAACAGUUUUAAAUUAAAUAGCUGUCAAGUUUUAAUGUUUGGCAGUUGUAAAAACCAACGUGGUAUGCAUAGGGGCAGGAGAACAGGAGCAUUGUGGAAUGUACACCUUUUAUAUCCAUCAGAAAUUAGUUAAUUUGAGGUAGUAGACAGAUUGUUCUGUAUUAAUGACUGAUUUGCCUACAUACCCUACAGAAUGCAAUGGAUGGUUCAAGUUCAAAAGCAAGGUAUACUGAGUAGCUUCUCAUCACAGAGUUGCUUGUGCAUUUUAUUGGCAGAAUUUUAACUGCAAACGUGCAAACAACCAUGUAAAGGAUGCUUUUUUUCUUUUGAUGAUAAGUGCUUGUGAUGAUACUAUUCAAAUUUAAAUUUUUUUUAAAUGGUGACAUUUUUUCUGAAUUAUUUUCUCCUACCCCUACUGAUUAACAGCAUUGUUACAUUAUAACCUUGUGUAAUAAAGUUUUAUUUUUUCCUACAA